CUUUUGAAUGAUUUCACUGCGGUCGGCGCUUGGGGCGAGCAUCGCAGUGGCGGCGCUACGCCCGUGGAUGGCAGCCCGAGCGGGCCGCGCCAUGGCUGUGCGCGGGCCGCGGCGCUGCUAAGAGCGGCACACGGGCUGUGUGUUCGCUUUCUGGCCUGCCCGCUGGCCGAGCCGGCUGGGAGCUGGCGGCCGCCCCCGUCGAUAUGUCGUUGGCCAUGGAGGAAGAGGAAUACUCCAGGCUAGUGAUGGAAUCGGAGCCCGAGUGGCUGCGGAGCGAGAUCAAGCGGCUGUUCCAGGAGCUGGGCGAGACCACCCGGGAGAAGAUCCAGGCGGCGGAGUACGGGUUGGCCGUACUGGAGGAGAAGCAGCAGUUGAAGCAGCAGUACGAGGAGCUGGAGCUGGAGUACGAGACCAUCCGCACCGAAAUGGAGCAGCUAAAGGAGGCUUUUGGGCAGGCCCAUACCAACCACAAGAAGGUAGCAGCAGAUGGAGAGAGCAGAGAGGAGACCUUGAUUCAGGAAUCGGCUACCAAGGAAGAGUACUACAUGAAGAAGGUUAUGGAGUUGCAGACUGAACUGAAGCAGCUCAGAAAUGUCCUUGCCAACACUCAGUCUGAAAAUGAACGCCUUAAUUCUGUUGCACAGGAGCUGAAAGAGGUCAAUCAGAAUGUGGAGAUCCAAAGGGCCCGUCUACGAGAUGAUAUUAAGGAAUAUAAAUUCAGAGAAGCACGUUUGCUGCAAGACUACACUGAGCUUGAAGAGGAAAACAUCUGUCUCCAGAAACAAGUGUCUGUCCUGAAGCAAAACCAGGUGGAGUUUGAAGGCCUGAAACAUGAAAUCAAAAGGCUUGAAGAGGAAACAGAAUUUCUCAACAGCCAGCUAGAAGAUGCCAUACGGCUGAAGGAGAUCUCCGAACGGCAGCUUGAGGAAGCCUUAGAGACGCUGAAGACAGAGCGGGAGCAGAAGAACAACCUUCGUAAGGAGCUGUCUCACUACAUGAACAUCAACGACUCCAUGUACAACAGCCACCUGAAUAUCUCUUUAGAUGGUCUUAAGUUCAGUGAUGAAGCCACAGAGCCCAACAAUGAUGAAAUCAUGAAUGGAUUUGAACAAAACUGCCUCAGCAAACUUAGCAAUGGCAAGAAUAGUACAUCAACACCCAAGAAAAAUGAAAGCUUCCCACCAGCCCCAAGUCUGGUUUCAGAUCUUCUAAGUGAAUUAAACAUUUCUGAAAUCCAGAAGCUGAAACAACAGCUUGUACAGAUGGAAAGAGAAAAGGUGAACUUGUUAACAACAUUACAGGAAUCGCAGAAGCAGCUGGAAAAUACACGGGGGGCCCUCUCAGAGCAGCAUGAGAAAGUUGGCAGACUCACAGAAAACCUAAAUGCAAUGAAGAAACUCCAGGUCAGCAAGGAACGUCAGUCUGCCCUUGACAACGAGAAGGACCGAGACAGCCAUGAAGAUGGAGACUAUUAUGAAGUUGACAUCAAUGGGCCGGAGAUCCUGGAAUGCAAGUACAAAGUGGCUGUGGCAGAAAUUACUGACCUAAAAGAAGAGCUCAAAAAUCUUAAGGCCAAAUACAAAGAAUGUGAGUCUAAGUAUGAAGAAGAGAAGAGCAGAUACGAGACCGAGAGCCAGGUUCUCACUGAAAAGAUCACCUCCCUAGAAAAAUCCAGUAGGCAUGAUAGAGAACAGGUCACCAGGCUGGAGAAGGAGCUGAAGAAAGUCAGUGAUGUUGCUGGAGAAACACAGGGCAGCCUCAGCGUGGCCCAAGAUGAACUAGUCACCUUCAGUGAAGAACUGGCCAAUUUAUAUCACCAUGUCUGCAUGUGCAACAAUGAAACUCCAAACAGAGUGAUGCUGGAUUACUACAAGGAAGGUAAAGGUGGACGCAGUAGUCCAGAGGCCAAGGGAAGAAGGUCUCCCAUUCUCCUUUCUAAGGGGCUGUUAACUAUAGAGCUAGGAAAAGCAGAGAAUGGAAGCGGUGACAGCAGUCCAUCUCCAGUGUCAUCGCUGCCGUCGCCUGUGUCAGAUCCUCAAAAGGAACCAAUGAAUAUUUACAACUUGAUUGCUAUAAUCCGGGAUCAGAUCAAACACCUGCAAGCUGCUGUGGACAGAACCACCGAGUUGUCCAGGCAGCGUGUUGCCACUCAAGAGCUGGGGCCAGUGGUGGACAAAGACAAGGAAGCACUCAUGGAAGAAAUUCUGAAGUUAAAAUCCCUGCUGAGCACCAAGAGAGAACAGAUAGCAACUCUGAGAACUGUGCUGAAGGCCAACAAACAGACUGCAGAGGUAGCCCUUGCCAACCUAAAAAGCAAGUAUGAAAAUGAGAAAGCUAUGGUUACAGAAACCAUGAUGAAGCUACGAAAUGAGCUGAAGGCUUUGAAAGAAGAUGCUGCUACCUUCUCUUCCCUGAGAGCAAUGUUUGCUACAAGAUGUGACGAAUAUGUCACGCAGUUGGAUGAAAUGCAGCGGCAGCUUGCAGCAGCUGAGGAUGAGAAGAAGACUCUGAACUCCUUGCUUCGGAUGGCUAUCCAGCAGAAACUGGCGCUGACCCAGCGCCUGGAACAUUUGGAGCUUGACCAUGAGCAGUCCAAAAGGGCGCGCACAAAAUCUGCUUCCAAAGCCAAGAGCAGUAACCCAAGCGUAAGUCAUAUUCAGUCCUGCGGAGACAGGUCUGAAGGAUCUGUCCUUAACAACCAGGUUUUUUGCAAUGAGAAAUAUAAAAUCUAUUGUGACUAGGACAGGUAUGUAGAAAAAUCACAUUAUGCAUCUUAUUUUAUGCUGUCAGCGUAAAUCUCCACUAUCUAAUGUCGCAGUGAGUUGACUUGUACUAGUAUGUUGUUGAACCAGGUAAUACAAAUUGUAUUAUGGUGGUCUUAACUGUAACUAAUUCAUAAGUAUGGGGAUGCUAUUAACAAGUUAAUAGUGGAAAGGAAUUAGCUUUUUUCCACAAUUAACAUGUAUGGGUUUUGCUGUUUAUGGUAAAUGUUAAAAGAGUACACCUGAUAUAGCAUAUCUGGUGCUACUAAUUGUAGUUUGUAUAGUGCAAACGUGAUCCUUUCUCCAGGGUUGCAGCAUACUUUGGUAAAAGCAUUUACAGGCAGAAACAAACAGAAAACCUUCCUUGUUAUUGUGGCUUAAGAAGUGGUGAAAAGCAAAUAUUAAAAUGCAGAGCAUUUUGAAACUGGAACCAAACUUAAUUUGCCUAUUGUGGCAGAUAUUAAGAACUUGCUGUCAGAUCACCACUGUCCAAAGUCCUAAAGCUUUUAUAGGCUAUAAAAGCUAGAAGGAAUAUUGGUAGGGUACACUCUUUACACUCUGCUUCUCUCUCUUCAGAGGGUUAACAGAAUAAACUUGCACAUUUAUAUUAAAAAUAUGCAAUAUUUACCCCAUCUGAUAUAAAACUUAAAAUUUGAAGAAUUGGGAUCCUACCUGGUAGACAGUUCCACUUUAAGAAGUUAUGCUGUGGAAAAGUGUCAUGUCCUGAAAGGAUCUUUGUGGUCUCAUAUUGCUCCUUGCCAACAUAACUCUUUGGAAAGAAUCUGUUUUAUAUAUUACUGUAGCCACAAAAUAUAUAUGUGUAGAAUUAAUGUGAUUAUGGUCUAGUAUUGUCAGUUACAAAACAGGUUUUCUCAGCGUUCAGUAUUAACCUACAUAGGAUUAGUAUUUCCGAGCUCUGAUAGUUUUUUUUUUUAAUACACAAAAGGUACUGCAUUCCUUAUGCAAGCACAUGUUUCACAGGGCUCUACAUUAUAGGCACAGGAAAUUGAACCAGAUCAUUCUGCUAAUAAUUAUUUAUGAAGUAGCUUAGUAUACAGAUUAAUCUUUAAAAACAAGUAAACCUUUGUCUGCUAUUAAACUUCUAAGAGGCCUUUUUAGCCACUUGAUUAUUCAGUAUGUUUCAUAAUAUAAAAGUGUACUUCAUAAUUGGUGCCUACGUAAGAGAAAAAGAUUUGAAAAUGUUGCUUCUAAAAUUGUGGAAAACUUGUGGAGCAUAGGAAGGCACGCUUCUCUAAACCAGAGUUUUAAAGUGCCUCAAACUUUAUUUUAAUGUAAAGCCCUGUUCAUUUUGUACUCUUUCAAGUAGUUUUGUAUGCCUGUAGUAUUACUAAAAGCAAUGCGAGACUGCAAGUUGCCUGCUUGGUCGUGCUGUUUUAUAAAGCCAUUCUAAUACUCCUGGUGUGGUACUGCCUCAUCUCACUACCAUUUCUUGCAGAUGGUCAGCAGCUUGCUUCCUGCACAUUGCCACUCUGCUUACAAGUAGUCAGGAGAUAUCACAGUGCUAAUAUAAGGUAAUAAGGAGCACAGCUUGUUUUCCCAGUGAGGGGAAACCACAGGGGAUUUUGGCUUCCCAGAUAUUGGGGGAGGGAGGAGGGGAAGACUUCUAAAUUUGUACAGUGAGACUUUAAGUCACUGCUUGAGAAGUUCAAAGAAAUAGCAAUUCUGGCUUUAGGAAACCAGGCCCUGUGCAUGUAUUAUUACUUUUUUUUAGAAAACAUUGAGUUCUCCUGAAUUUGAGCUUUAAUAUUGCUAAGUAGCAGGUCUGAUAUUUUAGAAGCGAGACAUCUUUUUAACAAUUUUCAAUCCUGCUUUUCUUGUUGCUGCACAAUCUUCCAAAAGGCCUUUAUUCUUCUCAUUCAUGCAUUAAGAAUAAUUUAAAAAUACUUUGUAAAAGCCACAUUUGCAUGCUAACUUUCUCUGCUUCCAUAGAAACAGUUACAAUUUUGCUUCCACUACUAAAGGUAGGGAGCUUUAAUGCAGUUUUCACUGCUUCCAUGUCUCUAAUGGCAGUAAUUUUGCAAAAUACUAAUGGCAAAAAGGUAAAUUGGAAAAAGUAAUUGGAUGCAUUGUUCAUUUAUUUCAAAUUAACUGGAACUUUCUUUAAAGAUUUCAGUGUUACCACAGUGGUACCAGACAGGCAGUGGUACCAGACUAUUACUAUCAGUCUUGGCUUAUGCUUUCAGUUCCAAGUAGGAACAAUUUUGCUAUUAUGCCAAUAGUCUCAGUAGUUAUUUUCAUCUUCAUUAAUUUCUGUGAAUUAUCAAAAAAAAAAAAAAGGUAAAAAAGCCAACUUGACUGCUGUUUGAGCUUGUCAAAGUUAUGGUUUGACUUCAUGUUACAAAAAGAAGUGAAGAAUGGUGGUAAGGUGACUUGAUCCUGCUGUUUGUAUUUUUAGAUAAUAUUUAAGACUGAGUCUUGUCAUUCUUGAUUAACAGUUUCUUGAAAUGUACAUUUUCUGUAAGUCCUUCAUAUCACUUCCAAUGGGUUGGGAUAAAGCAUGGAAAAUUCCUUAAGCCGUCACCUACCUCUGCAAGCAGGCUCUUCUUCUGAAUGAUAUUCUCUGCAUUGGCCUGCAUGAUAUAACUGACCUGCAUGUUUUGGAGAACCUAAAGCUUCACUGAAAAUGUUUCUUGCACAUUCAUUGCUAUUAAUGUGCUUGAACAGCAAAGCUUUAUUCAGUACUUGUAAGAAACCUUCUUUCUGCAAAGCUAUUGCUUCCAGGCUAAACCUGUACAGCAUUGUUUCACUGGCGAGCUAAGGUGGCUGCUUCUACCCCAGUAAGCUAACAGACACCCUCAGCCAACUAACCUGCGUUUGCAGCACGUUGUUUUCAGUUCUUUAAUUGAGAAAUAAACACUGAUUCUGAUUUUUUCCCCCUAACGCUAUUUUAUUUUUCCAUUUUCCAGCUGUAGAAUAGUCCCUGGAGAAGGCCUUUCCAUCAGUUCAACAGCAUUUCUUAGUCUCUUUCAUUAUGGUUGAAAGUGGUAGCCCAUUGUACAAAGAAUGAAAACCACUGAUCUGAUCCUAAAUUUUGAAAACGCCUUUUCCUAUAUAUACUACCUGAAACUUCCUUUUUAUGUCUGAAGCUAUAAAACAAACAAGCUUUACCUAAAAGUGCUGCUGCAGUAAGAAAACUUACAAGUGCUGAAGAAACCUACUUCAAAUAUAAAGAUCACCACAUUAGUUUAUGAUCUACUAGAAAUGUUCAGAUGGAGGAAUUUCUUAUUUCAUUGCAGAUUCUCAUUUUUAUCUGAUUGUUAAACCUGUGCACUUUUGAUAUUUUGAUAUUUUUCUUUAGCUUCUUUAGUUCCUUUUGUAGAAUGAUUUAUAUAAAUGCAGUGGUUUGUGCUCAUAGUCUCUUUCCAGUUUGGGCUUGUGAUUUUUGAAUUCUACAUCAGCAUGUGGCAGAGAUUUUUUGAGGACUCUAGAUUGUGGUUAUAAAAGAGUUUCAGCAAAAAACCAGGAGCUCUGCUAAACUGCUGUGCUUCAGCAGCUUUUUUUAUUAUAAAAUAUUAAGCUUUAUAUGUUUAAAUUACUGAUUGAUUUUUUUUUUUUUUUUUUUUUUUUUAAACUGCCAUGUUAGUUAAGAAAUCCAGGGUAUUCAAAUUCUGGGGUUUUUUUCAUAUUGUAUUAUUAUUCUUAGGAAUAGUUCAAUGUAACAAGAAGAAAACUUGACUCUGCUCUGGUUAAAACAGUAAUAGGCACUUGAAAAAUAUUAAAUAAGAGUAGUAUUACCUAUAAAUUCCAGAAUUCCUGGGUUCUAGGAAGUUGAAGUAUUAUUGAUUAACAGAAUUUUAUACAACUAUACCAGUUAAAUUCCAAAUUGGAAUUGUUUUGUUACUUUUUCAUUUUAUUGUGCCAAAUUCUGGUACAUCUAGAAAGAAAAAUUCUAAAGUUGUCAGUGAUAGGGUGUUAUAUAUCAGCGCCUUUCUGUCAUUAAUUAUUGCCAGUAGUGCCUUGAAUCAUUUUAAGGGAGAGUCUUAGAAUAGCUUAGUCUAAGUCAUGUAACUUAGAAGAAAUGAAAUAGCUGUUUUGGAAUUUAUUGAAGACAUGGAGCAAUAAGUGAAACUGUGUGAACUCCCCCUUCGCACAUUUUAAUGGGUAGUCUUACUAUAGAGAUUAUAUAUUCAAGGAAUUGUAAUAAAUUCUGUUAGUCAGUGAUAUUUCAUCAGGCAACUCCUUGCAAAUUCAGGGCUGUAGAGAAAAAAACAAAACAAAACAAAACAAACCCAACAAACCCAAAUACACUGUGGGAACCAAACGGACUCAUGUUGAACUAAGAAGCAAGAUAUAUUAACACAUUUGUGGUAACAGUACAGAGAGCAUAUUGGGAAUGUUGAUGUUAUGUUAGCUUUGUUGGUGGUGGAUGCAUUUAACCAUAGUAUUGUUUGCAAAUGUGAACAGCAAAGCAUUGAUAUCUUCUCUUGCAUGUUGUAUCUAAUUGUAAUUUCAGGAAACAGAAACAGAGAAGUGAAUCAACAAGCUGGGCCUAUUGCUCAGCUGUUUGUUGAGGCUCACAUGAAUGAUUAAAUUGGUGCUUGCUGGGGGGGAGCAUUCCCACUCCUCAAAAAAAGUACAAAUUGAAAUAAUACUGACAGUGGGGAAAAGAUUUCUGUUUGCUGGAAAAAGCAUUAUUAUUCCUAGACGUGGGGACUUGUAUUUCCAUCUUCUGUUACAGUAUUGAUUCAUAAGAAAUAUUGUUGCAUUUAAAAUAACUACAUUUGUAUGUGGGUAUUUAUUUGAAAUGAUGUCCAAGUACUGUAUUAUGUUUUAUGUGCAUUACCUUUUAGUGGUGGAUUGGUCUCCAUUUAACAUCAUAUGCAUGUAUUCCUGCCAAGUAACCUUUACACAGAUCUGGAAAAAAAGUUUUUAAAAAAAAAAAAAAAAAAAGUUAAAGAGAAUGUGGAAACUUCUGAGAAGUGUAACUGUGUGUCCAUGGGUGACCUGAGGGGUAGAGAGGGCAAAACCUUACUUCCAAAUUAAUAGAAAUAUGUUUAAUGUAGGAAAGAUCUGCCUGCGUAAAGGUAGUCACAUUGGCAGUAUCAAUAAAAGAAAACAGGAAUUGCA